AUGGUUUCCUCUCAGUUCUCUACCUUAAAUGGAAAUAGUUCACAGAAGCCUUUCCUGAACAAGUUGCUUCUUCCAAGUGGACCUGUUGAUUUUUUGGAUUUUGAAUUUUCUGAUGUGUUUGGUCCAUGUCCUGUUGAAGCCUCAACAGCAUUGAUCUGUGAGAAACCUGGAAAUUUGGUAGUUAGACCAAUUCCAAGUGAAAAGGUUUACAAUGAGAAAGGUGAUGCACUGGAUCCUUUGAACGAGGUCUUUAGAGAAACACAUGAAGAACUUAAUGCUGCUGUGGAGAAAAAUCGCUUCCAAUUCAAUGAUUAUUGUCAGAAUCAUAAGUCUAUUGGAGUUGAAGAUUUUGAAGUUCUAAAGGUUGUUGGUCAAGGGGCUUUUGGUAAGGUGUACCAGGUGAGGAGGGCUGGUACUUCAGAAAUAUAUGCAAUGAAGGUCAUGUGCAAGGAUAAAAUUAUGCAGAGAAAUCAUGAUGAAUAUGUAAAAUCUGAAAGGGAUAUACUGACAAAGGUGGAUCACCCGUUUAUCGUGCGGCUCAGAUACUCAUUCCAAACCAAAUAUAGGUUGUACCUUGUGCUUGAUUUUAUCAAUGGUGGUCACCUAUUCUUUCAGCUUUAUCGCCAAGGUUUAUUCAGGGAGGAUUUGUCUCGCUUCUAUGCUGCGGAGACUGUUUGUGCUGUUUCUCAUCUUCAUGCAAAUGGUAUAAUGCACAGGGAUCUUAAACCUGAAAAUAUUCUUCUUGACGCAGAUGGUCAUGUAGUGUUGACAGAUUUUGGACUGGCUAAGCAGUUCGACGAGACUGCAAGGUCAAAUUCUCUGUGUGGAACUCUAGAGUACAUGGCUCCUGAAAUUGUCAUGGGAAAAGGUCAUGAUAAGGCAGCUGAUUGGUGGAGUGUGGGAAUUUUACUGUAUGAAAUGCUUACAGGGAAGCCUCCUUUUGCUGGUGGAAAUAGACAAAAGAUCCAGCUUAAGAUAAUUAAAGACAAGAUCAAGCUUCCAACUUUUUUAUCAAGUGAGGCACAUUCACUGUUGAAAGGGUUGUUGCAGAAAGAUGCCAACAAACGCCUUGGCGGUGGACCAAGUGGCUCUGAGGAGAUUAAAAGCCACAAGUGGUUCAAGUCAGUCAAUUGGAAGAAACUGGAAGCCCGCGAAAUCAGGCCAAGCUUUGUCCCAGAAGUUGCUGGGAAGCACUGUGUUGCUAACUUUGAGGAGCGGUGGACUACCAUGUCGUUGCUGGAUUCUCCGGCGGCUAGUCCCAAGAAGGGUGACAAGUCCUUCAACAGGUUUUCAUAUACUGGUACUCCCUCACUGUAAUGAGAAAAAUGUGUGAUUUCUAUAGUAAAGGUUCAAGUAGAGCAGCUAAGUCAUGUAAUUUAUAUGAUGGCUGCGAAAGUUGUAGGCUUCCACACCAAUUC